AUGGCUGAGCGAGGACUUCAGCUUGACAAGGAGAGGUUUUCCUGUUCAAUCUGUUUGGAUCUACUGAACAAACCAGUGACUACUUCCUGCGGGCACAGUUUCUGUAAGAGCUGUAUUAGGAGCCACUGGGAUGCAGAGGAUCAGAAGGGAUCCUACACUUGUCCUCAGUGCAGACAAGCCUUCAUGUUGAGGCCAGUCUUGGGGAAGAACACCAUGUUAGCAGAGUUAGUGGAGGAGCUGAAGAAAGAUGUACUCCAAGCUGCUCCUCAUCCUCAGCAUUAUGCUGAACCUGGAGAUGUGGCCUGUGACGUGUGCACAGAAAGAAAGCUCAAAGCCUCCAAAUCCUGUCUGCAGUGCAUGGCCUCUUACUGUGAGCUCCACCUUCAGCCUCACUAUGAAUCAUCAAAUUUUCAGAGACACAAGCUGGUGGAAGCCUUGGCAAAGCUCCAGGAGAACUUGUGCUCUGUUCACAGUAAAGUGAAAGAGAUCUUCUGUUGCAGCGAUCAGCAGUGCAUCUGCUCUGUCUGUGCUAUGGAGGAACAUAGUGGCCAUGACACAGUGUCGGCAAUAGCAGAGAGGGCCGAGCGGCAGAAAGAGCUCGGGCCAAGAUGGCAAAAAAUCCAGCAAAGAAUCCAGGACAGAGAAAAACACAUGAAGCUCCUUCAGCAGCAGAUGGAGGCCAUUGAUAGCUCUGCUGAUAAGGCCAUGAGGGACACCCAGAUCAUGUUCAACCAAUUGCACCGAUUAGUGGAGAAAAGAAGCUCUGAUGUGCAGCAGCAGAUCAGAUUCCAGCAACAAACUGAACUGAGCCGGGCCAAAGAGCUUCAGAAAAAGCUCCAGCAGGAGGUAACUGACCUCAGAAGGAGAGAUGCUGAACUGGACCAGCUCUCACGUACAGAGGAUCAUGGCCAGUUUCUCCUCAGCUACGCCUUACUUUCAGGACUCAGUGAAUCCACACAUUCAGUCAGCAUCAACAUCCAUCCUCAGAGCUACUUCCAAGAGGUGACAGCAGCUGUGUCAGAGCUUGUAAAUAAACUGCAGCGCAUCCUGAGUCAGGACUGGUCUCAGGUCUCACUGACUGAAGGGGAAACUUUGCUGAGACCAGAAGUAGAGCCCACAACCAGAGCUGAGUUCCUCCAGUAUUCAAAGAGAAUCACCAUGGACCCAAACACAGCACACAGAGAGCUGUUAUUAUCUGAGGGGCACAGGAGAGUAACAUUUGGGUAUACCAUACUGUCAUAUUCAGAUAAUCCAGAGAGAUUUAGAGAGUGCGCUCAGGUUCUGAGCAGAGAGAUUCUGACUGUUUGUUGUUACUGGGAGGUGAAAUGGAAAAGAUUUGUUUCAAUAGCUGUCGCAUACAAGUGUAUUAGCAGAACAGGAAGUGAUAGUGAAUUUGGAUACAAUGACAAAUCCUGGUCAUUAGAGUGUGACUGCAAUAGUUAUAAGUUCCGGCACAACAACAUUGUUACUUUCCUCUCAGUUCCUCAGUGCUCCAGAGUUGGGGUGUACCUCGAUCACAGUGAUGGUAUUCUGUGCUUCUACAGUGUCUCUGAAACCAUGACUCUCAUUCACAGAGUCCAGACCACCUUCACGCAGCCCCUACAUGCUGGACUCUGGGUAGAUAUUUCUGGAUCUGCUGAGUUUGUUGAGCUUCAGUAUACAUGUGAUGUCAAUAUUUAA